UCAAGUGUAAAUAGGGCGCCACCUGCUUCCGGAGUCUGCCCUACUCGCCGACUGCUUCUGAAGUCUGCCCUCCCCGAUAAUUCAUCCGUGAGAAAACGAAUAUGAUUUUGGAAGUGGCACCCGAGGAGGUGGGAGACAUCGUAUCGCUUCUCUCCACCGACGAGAGUAACUUCCUCAUCCGGAAUAAUGGCGACAAGGUGGCUAUUGGUAGUCUUGAAGGGAAAAUGAUUGCUCUUUACUUCGCAGUCACAUGGAACCCACGGUGCCGACCGUUCACUCUUAGGCUGAUUGAAGUGUAUAAUGAGCUCUCCUCCCAGGACAAUAACUUUGAAAUUAUUUUUGUAUCUGAUGUCAAUAUUUCUAAGGACACCUUUGAUUGGCACUUUUUAGGAAUGCCAUGGUUAGCAAUCCCGUUUUCUGAUACUACGGUAAAGAAAAAACUUAAGGAGAUUUUCCAGGAAAGGAGACGUCCUGCCCUUGUCAUUAUUGAUGCCAAUGGGAAGGUUCUUAAUACAGAAGGUGUUCAAGCUGUAAGAGGAUAUGGUGCAGAGAGUUAUCCAUUUACUGUUGAAAAGAUUAGUGAAUUGAGAGAGGAAGCUGAGAAUGCUAAGAAGGAUCAAACUCUUCGAAGUCUCUUAGUUUCAUCUUCUCGUGACUACUUGAUUGCCAACGAUAGAUCCAAGGUUUCUGUUUCAAAUCUGGAAGGAAAAACUGUGGCUUUAUACUUCCCAUGCAAUACUAAUUAUUAUUGCGCAGCUCACGCCAAGUUCGAUCAAGUACUAGCAGAAAUCUAUAGGAAGCUCAAGGAAAUUGGAGAAAGCUUUGAGGUUGUGCUAGUGUCCUUGAAAGACGAGGAAUGCAGUUAUAAUAGUGUCAUAGAAAAAAUGCCUUGGCUUGCAUUUCCUUUCAAUGACAAAAGCUGUGAUAAGCUUUUUUGUUAUUUUGGUCUCUGGGGGCAGAAAUAUAAAUGUUCCACUGUCAUCUUGAUUGGAUCGGAUGGGAAAACUAUGGAUGUUGAUUUAAUCGAACUUACUAAGAAGUAUGGAUUUGAGGCAUGGGAAGCAUUCCCGUUUUCUCAGGAGAAGUUGCUUGAGCUGUCAGAGAAAGCCAAAAUUGAGUCAGAAUCACAGACACUCGAGUCGCUUCUUGUUUCGGGUGAUUUGGAUUAUGUGAUUAAUGGAAAAAAGGGAUUGAAGGUUCUAGUAAAAGAGCUCGUUGGAAAGACUAUCCUUCUACAAUUCGGCUAUAUUUGGAAUGAUGCCCAUGUUAUUUACCAAGGCUAUUGUUGGGGUGAAGACCAAGUUGAUUACCUCCAUAAACUGAUCGAAGAGUAUUACAAGAUCAAGAAUGUGGAUACUAAUUUUGAGGUUAUCUUCGUCCCCGAAGAAUAUGAUAAAGAUGACAAAUAUGAUAAUGGGGUGGAUUCAUUUGAUGAAAUUCUCUCUCGGAUACCAUGGUUGACACUACCUUUUGAUGAUGAGAGGAGUGGAUUUUUGAACCGUAGAUUCAAAAUCCGUGGCGAACCUUCCCAGCUGAUUGUUAUAGGUCCUACAGGACGAACAAUUACCAACGAUGCCAUGAAAUUGUUGAUGAUUCAUGGAGCCGAUGCUUACCCAUUCACCGAGGAGAAACUCAAAGAGUUGGAGCAUCGAAAUAAGGAAAUGCCAGAGAGGUGGCCUAAGAAGAUAAGGCAUGAUCACCUCCAUAAGGGAGGUAAGCAUGCCCUCCUCCUUAUACGUUGUUACUCGACUUAUCGCUGUGAUGGUUGUCAGGAGAUUGGGCACAAUUGGUCUUACUGUUGCAUAACAUGCGAUUUCGAUCUGCACCCAAAAUGUGCACUAUGGUGGUGGUGAAGUGAGGAAAAUAUGUGUGCGAUGGUGAAUAAAAGCAUAGCCUGUUAUAAUAUGUUGGCUAGCUUUGAGCCCAUUAAUUAGAUGCAUUCUAAAUGAAUUAAAAAUAACUUUAAUA